GGUGGCAUGGCAACGAGCACCGAUGUGGCUGGGCUGGAGGAAAGCUUCCGCAAAUUUGCCAUCCAUGGUGACCCCAAGGCCAGUGGGCAAGAGAUGAAUGGCAAGAACUGGGCCAAGCUAUGUAAGGACUGCAAGGUGGCUGACGGAAAGGCGGUAACAGGAACGGAUGUCGACAUCGUCUUCUCCAAAGUCAAGGGAAAGUCUGCUCGGGUUAUCAACUAUGAGGAGUUCAAGAAGGCCCUAGAAGAGCUGGCAAUGAAGCGAUUCAAAGGGAAGAGUAAGGAGGAAGCCUUUGAUGCUAUCUGCCAGCUGGUGGCAGGCAAGGAGCCAGCCAAUGUGGGAGUCACUAAAGCAAAGACAGGAGGUGCUGUGGAACGGCUGACCGACACCAGCAAGUACACAGGCUCCCAUAAGGAGCGCUUCGAUGAGAGCGGCAAGGGCAAGGGCAUUGCUGGGCGUCAGGACAUCCUGGAUGACAGCGGCUAUGUGAGUGCCUACAAGAAUGCGGGCACCUAUGAUGCCAAGGUCAAGAAGUGAGGCCUGGGAAGGCCCCCAGUGCGUCUGCCCCUAACAGAUGCUCAGGCCUGGGCCUAAAGGGCAUGUGGAGCAAGAGAGCCCUGUCCCCUCCCUGCUGGACCUACCACCCAGCGCUUUCUGCCCAGCCCCACUAGGACUCUCACCCAGACUGCUCUGCAUCCCCUUCCCCUUCCUCUUUCCUCCCUGACUUCAGCUAUCUGGGGAGAGUCUGUGCCUAUUGCCUCACUGCCCCAACCUAGCCCCAGGCAUGGCUAACCCCUGCGUGCUUGCCUCAUAUUUAAGCUGCUACUCUGGCCAAGUGCCUAAUUCUUACCCAGACCUCAAUAAAGACACCUUUUGUA